ACCCAAUGACGCAUCCAUCAAUCCCCAUUAAUAUUAGCGACACAAAGACUGGCCAAAACCAAAACUCUCUCUCUCCUCUCUCUCUCUCUCUCAGCGAGUGAAAGUCUCAGCCCUCAAAUGUAGAAACUUUAUACCCCAAAGUUUCUACACACACACCCUUCUCUCACGGUAUUUUUGAGGGGUUGAUUUGGGAGAUGAGCAAAGAACACCAACCUGAGCCUCUUGAUUUCUUCAUUUGGACUGUUGAGGAUGUUGGUUUGUGGUUGGAAGUGAUAAAUCUUGGUAGUUACCGCCAGAUUUUUAAAGAAAAUGGUGUCAAUGGCGAAUAUCUGGAAGGCAUGUCCAUGUUUACUACUGAGCAGAUUCUUCGGUUUAUUAGACGAUGUCACAUGAAAUGGGGAGACUUCAUCACUCUGUGCAAGGAGCUCAGGCGGAUUAAAGUGGCUUGCCUUAAAGGGGAACAAAAAGUCCGCCGGCCAUGGUGGGCUCCUUCUUGCCUCUCUGUAUUCUUUGUCAAGGUGGCGAAGCGUAACAGACAGUCACGAGUCGUUUCCUUGAAGCUGGAACCAUGAUGCAAGAUCAGCUUUAUAUGUAUGUACUUUCUUUUUUUUGGGAUUUUCUUUUUGUUUAGAGAGCAGAAAGUAGGAAAGAACGUUUUUUUUUUUUUUUUUUUUUUUUUUUUUUUUGUCUUGAAUCUGGCGAAGUCGCUGUUUGUUCUCCAUUGGAGAACUAUAUUUUACAUACGAGCCCUUUUAUGUGUUGAUUUCUGUUGUAUCUUCUGUACUAAUCUGUAGAACAAGAACACAAUGAAUACCAUGUUUUGAGUGACCA